CGAUUUCUAGUAGGGGAAGGAAAAAGAAUGAGGGAAUUACAAGGCGAUGGGGCCGUGGGGAUCCGCCAGUGCUUUAGAGGAUGCUGCUAUAGCGAGAGCAUUCCACUGGCGGUGUCAAGAUCGAGCAUCAAGCUCAACGAGGAAAUCGCCCGCGGUGCCGAGAGCGUCGUCUAUGACGCCAGGCUGAAUGAAAAGAUCGUCGCAGCGAAGAAACCUCGCCUGUCCACGGCGGAUGAUCUCGAUCGAUUCCACACGGAAUUGCAGCUUCUAACGAAGCUAAAGCAUCCAAGAAUUUCUACGCUGCUUGCGGCUCAUGCGCACCCUCCAGAUUAUCUCUUCCUGUUCAAGUUCUAUGAGCAUGGAAAUCUCUUCCAUGCUCUCCACGCUCGAGAAGUUAACUUCACUACACAACAGAUGCUUAAGAUCACGAUCCAGCUUGCCAGUGCGUUGGAAUAUCUUCAUUGUCAUGGAAUUGUGCACAGAGAUGUAAAGCCAGCCAACAUUCUUCUUGACAACAACUGGGACGCACAUCUCUCAGAUUUUGGCCUUGCGUGCUACGUAGACGAUUUGAAACGCCUGGACUCGACGAACUGGAAGUCGCAAGGAAAGCCAACUGGAGGCUUCCACAAGAAGAACAUGGUCGGCACACUUUUAUACAUGGCUCCGGAAGUUCUCAACAAGGAAACUCAAACCACGAAGUCAGAUGUUUAUGCUUUUGCCAUCACAGUCAACGAGCUCUUCACUGGUGUAGUACCUUACACCGACAGAAAGACUGAAGCCCAGGCACACACAGUUUUGGAGAUGAAUUACACCGAGCAGCAACUUUCGGCCGCUAUAACUUCCGAGGGCCUCAGGCCUGUUCUUGCGAGCGAGGCAAACGGCUGUCCCGUCGCACUCUCAUCUCUGAUAGAGCAGUCAUGGCAUCGUGAUCCUUCUCGGCGGCCUUCUUUCGAGAUUAUCGUUGAGAGGCUCCAGCAAAUGCUCUCGUCGCUGGAAGAAGUUCCAUCGCAGGAAUUCACGGUGAAAAAGCCUCCGAAGACUUCGAUCCCGAUGGAGAACAUAGACUGGGCUGCGAGAGCACAGGAUCACUGCGAGGAUACCAGUGAAGUUGCUCAGCUUUGCCAGGAGUUUCGUUCCAGGGAUUUGGUGUAUACGCCAACUUUAUCUUGGGGGAUAUUUCGUACGCGGGGUGGACGAGAGACAAUGGAGGACAGGCAUUUUUUGUUGCCAAAUUUCAGUGGCUCCAAGGACAUCCAUGCAUUCGGAGUUUUUGACGGGCACAGAGGCUAUGAAGCAGCUGAGUUUGCGUCUCGCGCAGUUCCUAGCUUUUUGCGGGGCUCAUCGUCCAAGCCCGAAGAGGCACUGUCUCUAGCUUUUACGAGGACAGACUCGGCCUUCCAGUUUGAGGUUGAGAGCGAGAGAGGCUCGAGAGAGAACUGGAAUCCAGGAUGCACUGCUCUAACAGCAUUGUUGAUCAACGACAGAGUUUUUGUGGCCAACGCUGGAGACUGUCGAGCUCUGUUGUGUCGUGACGGCCAGCCGUUUCCUCUAAGCAAGGAUCAUCUUGCUAGUGAUCCGAUCGAGAGAACCCGAGUCGUAAACUCUGGUGGAUCAGUGCAAUGGCAAGUUGAUACGUGGCGAGUUGGCUCUGCAGGACUCCAGGUGACUCGAUCAAUUGGUGAUAACGAUCUUAAACCAGCAGUGACUGCCAAGCCGGAUAUCACUGUGAGCUCCUUGUCAGCUGACGACGAAUUCCUGGUGAUGGCUACUGAUGGACUAUGGGACACUGUAAGCAACGAGCUUGCAAUAUCACUGAUCAGGGACACAGUUAAAGACCCAGCAAUGUGUGCGAAGAGGCUAGCCACGGAGGCUGUGGAGAGAGGAAGCCGGGACAACAUAACAGUCAUCGUGAUCUUUCUACGUCCAGUUUCCACAAUCGAGAGAAUAUAUUAAGCUAGGAGAACAUGGAAAAGUUCUUGACACCGGGUCCUCGACAAUUCCAGGGCCAAAUUCAACACUUGGAUGCUGCUUCGGUCCAAGCCUAUAAAGCUCCCAAAUGUAACACUUGUAAGCAAGCUAAAAGCAUUGACAAUUAAAGAGCUGAAUCUAGCUGACAUCAGAAAAACAUGUAUAUUGCGCAGAGGCUCAUCACACUAAUAAAUUAAAGAUAUUUAAUUA